UUAUCCGUAGGACAACUGCAACACGAUUUGGCAUUAUCUUUAUUUUGGACUGUCAUCGUCGUCUUUUAACAAGAAAAAUAGAAAGUUGAUUUCAGAGUCAUGGACGAUUUGGCAUUGCUCGAAAGGGUGUUUCUUCGAGUGGGAAGCGCAGAUAGCGACGAGAAAUUGGAAGCUGUCAUUGUCAAAUUUCUUUGCCCGGUUUUGCUGAAAUUAACCAGCACCGAAGAAAAUGUUCGCAAGAAAGUCAUGGAAUUGCUCGUCCAUUUCAACAAACGUGUCAAGAGCAGACCGAAUCUACAGUUACCUGUGGUUGACUUGAUGAAUCUUUAUCAAGACCCCUCGUCUUCAAUUUUCCUAUCAAACUUUGCAAUAAUCUACAUCAAAAUGGGCUUCCCACGCUUGGAUUUGGCCCGCCAGGCGGAACUACUACCUCAACUCUUCCACAGCAUACACGGGAAACCUGUGCAACACCAAGACAGUCUCCUGUUCAUUGCACUACCAGCUCUAGCUCAUGCCAAUUUUUCCACAGAAGCAUUGAAGCAGCCUUACCUCUUCCUUCAAGAAAAAGUGGAAUUGGCCAAAUACAUCAAAGAUUUUUUCCUCGACAUGGUCUUGUUGCCUUAUGGGUUAGUCCAUCCCAGCACAAAUCCUGCAGCUCCUUCCAAUCCACCGCCCGGAAUGAGUGAAUACGGUUGGAAGAGAUCACUGGGAGAGACUCAGCUGAAGCCGGAGCAACUGGAAGAAACGAAAUUAGGAAUUGUCAAAUUCAUUUCCAGUGGGGUGUUUGGCGAACAGACGAUCGUCCCGCAUCUAGUUAUUGCAGCAGCCGACACUCGUUUCAGCGUGGCAAACGCGGCUGAUAGUGCCCUUAAGCGGAUUGGCGGAACUGUCGACUGGAAUGAUGUAGCUGUGAUAACAGUAUUGUAUCAGCUUUUUCUGGGCACCCGCAAUUCAAAAGAAAACAUCAAACUAGAAUUCCGUCGUGUUCCAGCUUGCACCCGUCUACGUCUCAAAUUAUUUACAUAUCUGAUACGCUCACGUGAGGCCAGCAUGCAUUUUCCUGCAUGCAUUCAAUUGACAUUCGAAGGUCUUUUUGGGGAAAAUUCAAACGCGAAACUGAAGGUGAUGGCGUUGCAAUUCCUUCACCAAAUGAUUUCCAAUUGCCCAGAGUCACGUCUGUCCCCGAUAUCUCCCGUGUUGAUUUCUGGUUUAAUGAAAAUUAUCAACGACACGCAAGGGGAAUCCAAACUGCGCGGAUCGGCUUUAGUUGCCCUGGGGAAACUUGGUCAGAAACUUCCUGAAGCUGUGACCAAAGAUAUGGCAAUCAUCCAAAUGCUCUUUAAUGCCAUGGCAACGGAAGAACCCGAGACAAGAAUGGCUGUACAAGAAGCUCUGUCCAUCAUGCUGCCGGCAUUUAAACAUUUAAGCAGCUCAAAUGCCGCCAUCCUGGAAGCCCUGCUGGCAACUUCGUUGGAAUCCCAACAACAUCUCUUACGGCUUAUUGCCGUUCAAUAUGCCGGUGGAAUAUUCCAUUCCACCCACGUCACUUCUCGUUAUCUCCUCCUUCUGGCCGCCGGAGACCCGAAAGAAGAAGUAAAAUCGGAAGCUAUGAAAUUGCUCUACUCUAAUCUCCCGAAAUCGAUCGAAACUUCCGACGCUGAUUCAAUGGAAGUCGAUGAAACUGAGAAUAAAUGGCUGCCCGAUUUCGUCGAAAUGGUUUUGUGCAUUUCAGAGAAGGCCUCGUCUAGAAUGAAAAGCCGCAGUGCAGUGACAUAUGGAACCCGCACACUCCCAUUUGAUAUUAAUGCCUACGCAGAGAUGCUGUCGUAUUUGCGGCUGUGUCUGGCAAAUAGUGCUUCGUUGACGCCAUCGUUGGAGCUCCUUAAAGAACCGGAAUUGAUCAGUUCUGUGGCUCGCCACUACAUUGAAAAAUUGGUGAGCGAAAAUGGACCUGUGACGGCCUAUCUUGAUUUGGCGCUGGAAUUGCUGGCGGCCAAUCCGUCCAAAGUUCCACUCCAGUGCAUCCUGGAAAUCGUGGCCGGAGUUCCCAAGCUGUCGGCCGUCUUGCUUUCGAAACUGGACAUGUUUAAAACCCUGCAACAUCAUAACAAAGAAGACGUCCGUGAAAUGGUCGCCCAAAUCCUGGCCGUCGUCGUCUGUCAAAGUUACGACACGCUCCAAAUUGACGCGCUGAUUCACGAUCUUUGCCGCAACCUGAAAGAGAAGCCGCUGGAACAGCAGCACGGAUCCAUUUUGACUCUGGGCUACACCGUCGGCCGAAUCGUUCGCAGUCACUUGUCCGGGACUGGUAAUAACCGCGAGGAGCUGGAAAAGAGUUGCCGCCACCAACUCUCGCCGCGAUUGUCGGCCGCCACUUCCUUGGUGAUUGAUUUCCUCUUCGAGUCACCACAUCCGAUGACGCUGAGCGCCGCCUGUCUGUCUGUAGGCGAAAUGGGCCGUUGCGGUCCCCUGCUGGACUCGACCGGAGAGUCUACACGCGCCGUAGAAAAGCUGCUCACGGUUGUCGACGACGCCAAAAUUGGUAGCAAAAUCAGAGAGAAAGCUGCCCUCGCUGCUGGCUAUCUCUCGCUCGGCGAACUGGAAUAUCCUCGCCGGAAGCACGUCAUUGAACACUUUCUAACUUCCACUGAGGAAAUGAAAGAUGUCGAGAUACAAUUCACGAUCGGUGAAGCUCUUGUCUGUGCCGCUUUGGGCCUCAUUUCGCCCGAAAGUCGUGAUCCAUGGACCGUCAAAGAGCGGGACUUUGUAGAACCCGAUAACGCACCUUCGCAACUCGAUUUUCUCCUCGAUGAAUUGCUGAACAAAUACGUUGCCCAUCUUAAUCCCAACGUCAAACAGGCUACCUCGAUCUGGUUAUUGGCCUUAGUCAAACGAUGCCCACAGAGGCCGGAGAUGAAAGAAAGGCUAUUGCGCAUUCAACGUGCAUUCAUGUCACUUUUGGUCGAAGGUGGAGACUUGGUUCAGGAUGUAGCCUCCAAAGGUUUAGGACUAGUCUUUGAGUGCUGCACAGUGGAACAGCAGAAUCUACUGGCAGGGGAAUUGGUCGGCUCCUUAACCACAGAUCGCCGGCCGGCUAUGCAAGUCAAUAAAGACACCAAGGUUUUCGAGGAAGGCAGUCUAGGAGCUAAUCCUUCAGGGGGACAAUUGUCCACGUACCGAGAACUUUGUUCUUUGGCCACUGAUAUGAACCAACCGGAUUUAAUCUACAAAUUUAUGCACUUGGCCAAUCAUAACGCCAUUUGGAACUCGAAAAAGGGCGCAGCGUUUGGAUUCGGUUCGAUUGCCAAGAAAGCCGGGCAGCAGCUGGCCCCGCACUUGCCAGUUAUUGUACCCAAAUUGUACAGGUACCAGUUUGAUCCCAGUCCACGCAUCCGUCAAUCGAUGGCUUCCAUCUGGGAGGCUCUGGUCAGCGAACAGUCGAAAACCAUCGACUUAUACUUCCAGCCUAUCCUCGACGACUUAAUCGUUCACUUGACUUCCAAUUUGUGGCGGAAUCGCGAGUCGUCUUGCAUGGCUUUGGCUGAUUUAUUACGAGGCCGGACACUUGAAAAUGCGCUGGAUAAAAUGGACGCCAUCUGGAGCACUCUCUUCCGUGUGGUGGACGAUAUCAAAGAAUCGGUUAGGAAAGCGGCCGCAACUGCUCUCAGAGCCCUCAGCAAGGUCUGCAUCAAAAUGGUCGAUGUUGAUGCGGGUAAAGUGAAUAGUCAACGCACUGUCGAACUCGUAUUACCCGUUUUAUUGCAGCAAGGAUUGACCAGCAGUGUGGAAGAGGUCCAAGCAAUUACUCUGGAGACACUGAUAAAAGUAGUCAAAUCAGCCGGAAAUCUGGUUGGGACCCACUUAGCUCCACUCAUAUCCGCCUUGCUGGAAGCCACUCAAGUGGCCGAGGGUCAAAGCUUGAAUUAUUUGAGUGUUCGCUUGGGCAAUCAGCUGGCCACUCAAGAGAAGCUCGAUUUGGCAAGGAUUUCUGCCGCCAAGAGUUCUAAUCUCUACGAAACCGUCCAGCACUGUAUCCAGUACGUCAACGAAGCCAACACCCCAGGGGUCGUAGCAGCCUUGGUGGAUUUACUGAAGGGUUGCCAGGGAAUAACAACGAAAGGAUGUGCUGCCCAUGUCAUUUGUCUUUUGACGCAACAGUGUCAGAACGACAUCCAACCUUUUGCCGGGAGAUUGAUGGCGGUGCUCGUUAAAGGAUUGGGCGACCGAAACGUUGCCUUGAAAAAGACGUACGCAGUGGCUCUAGGUCAUUUGGUUCGAGUCGCCAAAGAAUCGAGCGUCGUCAAGUUGAUGGAAACUUUGGAGAAUCGCUACCUGGAAGCGGAAGAUGAAGACUCUCGACUGGCCUGCAUGCACACGCUGCAGGCCAUGGUCCGAUACAAUCCGGACGUCGUUAAAAAUCAUUCGAGUCAUACCGUACCAAUUGUGUUUUUGGGUAAACACAUCUUCAAAACACCUGAGACGUCGCAAUUGAUUCAAUCUUGGGAGGAGUUGUGGAUGGAUAUCGUUCCGGGCACGGAAGCUGGAUUGAGAAUGUACUCGAGCGACAUAAUCGGUUACCUCCAGCGCGCCAUCACCUCCUCAUCGUGGAAGUUGAAAUCUCAAUCGGCCGCCGCUAUCGGAUCGAUGGCCAGUUCUCUCAAAAGUAAUUUAAAUCCGGAUCAGCGAGCCACUCUAUUACGAAUUCUUCUCGAUGGACUCACCGGUCGCACCUGGGAAGGAAAAGAGCAUUUGCUUCACGCAUUAGCUUCCCUCGUUAGUGCCCAAACUGUCGAGGACGUGGCCGUUCGAGAUGAAAUUAUUGGUGUGGUGUUGCGUGAAGCAAGGAAAGAAGCGCUGCCGUAUCGUCGACAUGCCGUUCAAGUUAUGGGACAAGUGGCCGAAGCUUUUCAAUCGGAUAUGUUUCCCGCCAUUUAUGAGAUGCUCCAGCCACUUUUUGAAAUGAAAGAAGACGAAAUGGAGGAGGAAGAAGAAGAGGAUCAAGGAGGAAGGCAGCAAAUGGAAACUCUGGAACUACAUGAAGCUGCCAUUCUGGCGUUGGGAAGAGCUUUUCCUUCUGAUCCCACAGCACAAGGAAAUUGCUGGAAUUCGUACAUGGCGUUGCUCCGGGUCGCUGUAGCCAAUACCACGCGCCAGGUUCAGUUGGCGAUUGUCACGUCUCUGCUUCAAGUGGCUGGCCGGAUGACUCCCAUUUUCCUGCCCGAUUUCCUUAAAGAGGCGAAUAAAAUUUUAGCUCCGUCGCUGGACGUUGCCAAUUACUCGGCGCUUCGAAUCGAAUCGCUCAGAGUUCUGAUUCUCGUACUGAAAAAAGUCCCAGAUUGUGAUCCCUCGACUCAAUGCGAUUUGAUGGAAAAUAUUCGAGAAGUGUAUUCUCUUCGAGUUGAAGAGUUUCUUCGUGAUGUUUCACCCGAAGUUAAAUCGCGAGCCGAUGAAGCCAAACGUUUAAUGAACUCUGAGUAAUUUAUACAUCGUGCAUCAAUGCUGAACGAAUGUUCUGUGUAAUUCUCCUAGCUUAAAUACAUUUUGUACUUAUUA